AUGUGUUACUACGGCAGAUACUAUGGAGGCCUGGGCUACGGCUAUGGUGGCCUAGGCUAUGGCUGUGGCUAUGGCUGUGGCUAUGGUGGUGGCUAUGGUGGCUUUAGUUAUGGCUGCUGUCGCCCACUGUGCUAUAGAAGGUACUGGUCCUGUGGCUUCUACUGA